UAAUCAUCGGACGCAACAGCCGAUCGAAAAUUACCGACUGGUAGAAGAAAGGUCUGCAGCACAUUUCUGAACAGCUGUAAUUAAUUACUGGACGAAUGGUUAAUUUUAGUACUGUAUUUUUUCGUUAAAACAGUACAGACAGAGGCAGACGCCUACGGGAACCAGCAUCAGAUUGUCAACUCGACCAGUCGACCUCCUGUUUAUCGGUUUAUGUACUUACUUACACUGUACCAGCAAAAUUUAUUAAUUUUUUAAAUAAGCCUCCUUAUACUAGCUAAUAUUGCUCGCAUUUACUGUAUAAAUUUUCAUUUCUUAUGAACUCUGCACCAGUUUAUCGUUAUUUUUUAAGUUAAAUGCAGAAUUUGAACUAUCUGUUUCCUAUAAAGUUUGCAGAAGUACUGUCAGUGGCGCCCAUAACUUUCGUCCCCGGAGAAACUUUGCUGCAGCCUGCAGGAGACAAGAGUGUCUGACGAUUGUGGAUUCCCGCUUCGUAGAUCAUAAUCACUCGGCGCUUCCUAUUUCUGACGUGAAAACAUGGUUAUUCCGGAGAAGAACAGCAUCAACUUUUUAUCAUUUAAAGAUCGUGCUCGUCGAGAGCUGCUGAACUGCCUGGACGAAUGUCCGGGAACCAAGGCUGUGGUGUGGGACGAAUACCUCAUUGGGCCAUUUAGUUUGCUAUCGGAUUACGCGGGUCUACAGGAACGCCAGGUCAAGCGCAUGUUCACGUUGAAAUCCGAUUUUCCCAAGAAUGUCGAUUUUGCCAACAUGUUCUUCCUCGUUCGUUCCGAACUGCGCGUCAUGAAGGAUCUGGCACGCUUCCUCAGCAAAAUUAGCGGUGCCAGUCGUGCUUCCGCGGGAUUCCCGAAACUGUACGUUUACUUCGUCCCUUCCAACAGCAGUGUUUGUCAGAAGGCUCUCGUAGAAAUGUGUCCGCACGCCGGCAGUCUGAUUGAAGCGUUCCGAGAGUGCGCCGUCAUGGCGUUUCCACUGGAGACCGACCUGUUGUCUCUGGAAUUAGAGACAUCCUUCAAGGAUUUGUUUCUGGACGAAGAUCCCACGCCGUUGCAUCAUUUGGCCGGCGCCGUCAAUCUCGUGCAACAGGUGUACGGCGUUAUUCCCAAUAUUUACGCUAAAGGGAAAUACGCCAAGCAACUUGUGGACAUGAUCGGGAAGAUGGGAGUCGACAAUGCCAAUUCGGAGUGGAACAUUCCUUCGCGCUUUGACAAUUUAUUCUUGAUUGAUCGCAAUGUCGAUCUGCUGACUUUGAUGCCCAUUCAGCUGACCUAUGAAGGGUUGAUUGACGAAUGUUUCGGCAUUACCCAGGGCACGGCCAAGCUUCCCGCUGAUAAAUUUCCGAUCACAGGACAAUCGUCAAAAACAGCGGAAUCGGGAGAAUCGAGCAAAGCAGAGCCGAAGGAGAAAAAGAUCACACUGAACUCCACAGACGAGCUGUACGCUGAAAUACGUGAUAAGAAUUUCAGCGCUGUGGGCCCGAUUUUCAGCUCCAAGACGAAGUUUCUUAGUGCCAAGAUGGGAGAACGGUUCAGUGCUAAGGAAGUAGCGGAAAUGAAGGAUUUCGUGGCUAAGAUGCCGCAUUUGUUGGCUCUAAAGCAGUCGUUAACCACAUUCAUGAGUAUUGCGGAAAUCAUCAAGCCUCUAGUAAACAACGAUGACUUUUUGGAUAGUCUGGAAGUGCAGCAGAAAUUUCUCGCCGGUCUGGAAACGGACAAGGUGCACCCGUACAUUGAACAGCUGAUUGCCCGGUGUGAACCGUUCGAGAAAGUGGUUCGACUUAUCUGCCUGCAGUCGGAAGUCAACGGUGGUCUGAAACCGGCGGUAUUGACCGCUUACAAACGGGAUAUUAUCCACACGUACGGAUUUCAGGAGAUCGUUACGUUGCGAAAUUUCGAGAAAGCCGGAUUGUUUCGUGUUCCAGCGAAAAGCUGGCAUCGGGUCGUUAAGGAGAAACUAAAACUGGUUGUGGAAUCAAGUGAUUCGAACAUGCGAGAUAUAUCAUACGUCUACAGCGGCUACGCUCCCCUGAGCGUGCGUCUGGCUCGCUACCUCGUCCAUCCUGGAUGGAAGUCAAUCAGCGAUACUCUAGAUCUACUGCCCGGUGAACGCCUGGAAGCGAAACAGAAGGUGCCAGAUCAUUUACGGAAGCGACGUAAUUCGAUCACUUCGUCCAUGUCUACCACCGAUGAGCCGCCGGUGGUGACGCUGGUUGUGUUCAUUGGCGGUGUAACGUACUCGGAAGUUUCGGCGUUGAGGUUUUUAUCCAAUCAAGAGGAUUCGUCGACGGUCUUCCAUGUCUUGACGACGCAGAUGGUGAACGGAUCUAGUGUGGUGGAGUCGCUGAAGGAGACACUCACACCCACCAUUCUUCCCGUUUGAUUAUGUGGCAGUAUGCGUGUAUAACUGGUGAUUUCUUGUGGAAACUGUGAUCGAUGUUGCUUUGUUACUUUGCCCAUUAUUUUGACUCGGUUUUAUUUUUAUAAAUAUUUUUAUUAUGUAAUGAUGUUGAGUAGUAAAUUUCGCGUUAAAAAAAACAUUGGAGGUG